GUUGUGCUGCGUGUCCACGCUUUAUGAAGGCGCGCCCCCGCGCUACCUCAGGUGAAUGGAGAGAGUGGAGCUCUGUGUGCGUCUCCGGCCGAGCUCGAGUGACUAAAAUGGGGCUUCGCGGACUGAGCAGGACUGGGGUGUACAUGACAGUAUGCCUUCUCUGGGUGACUGGAUGCUUUACGCAAAAAGUCUACUUUGAUUGUGGAGCCAAGGUGGAUGUUGUAGAUGUUCAGGGCCUCAUUCUGUCCCCUGGAUUCCCUUACAACUAUUCAUCUGGAACUCACUGCGUAUGGCAGUUCUUUGUGCCUGUCGGUCACCAGCUAGUCAUGGAGAUGUUUGAUUUUGACGUCUUCGAAAGUCACAGUAGCCCUUCGAGAUUCACCACCGCUUCAGUCCUGGAAGAGUUACCAAACGGCGAUGGCACGUUGGUAUCAAAAAGCCUCGCGAGUCCAAAGGAGCCCCAAUCCACACACAGAGAAGAGGUCAAACAAGUGGUGAUCCAAGAGCAGUCCACCAAAAUGGAAAUGACCAAAGUUUCCAAUUCUGCCAAAAUACUCUCUGAUUCCCCCUCGGCUGCUCAAGCAUCUCUUCCGCAAUCCAGAGGACAGCCAGCCGAAGACAGAAAUUCGGUUUCAUCUCAGUCAUCAAGAGCAGCCAGAGACUUUAUCUCCACAAGUCCACAAACAGACGCAGAUGAAGCUGUAAGCCCUGAAACCCAGUCGCCUCUGGUGGAUGCCUGUCCGCACGAUGUCCUCUACAUAUCUGAUCUCAUUACCUUCUCCUCCCGAUUCUGCGGAUCCAGGCGUCCGUCGAGCAGCCAGCUGGUCUUCGGCUCUGAAGAUGACAUGGUGGAGGUUAUCAUGGAGCUGAUCACUACUACCCACUGGGGCCGUGGAUUCGCUCUCCUCUUCCACUAUCAGAAUCAAACAAAAGCAGCCAUGACUGAACAGCAGAGAUCUGUGUUGACCUCAGACAGCAGAACUAGUGCGCUGCUCGGUGCAGUAAGUGGAACAGUCGCAUUCGCUGUGGCUCUCGCUGGCAUCCUCUGUGCGAUUUUUAGACCGAAAUUAUGUGCCAAAGGAGCCAAUGCAUCCUCUUCCAUCAGCUCAGAGGUUCCAGAAGGAGUGUUAAAUUCGGCAGCAGAUGUGAGUGAACUGCAGAUGGUUUCUCCUAAUGACUUGGAGCAGCAGCACAACGACAACAACAACCAUUCCCUCAACCGCAGUCAGUCCUACACAGGGUCUUCGGUAAACGCAGCCUGUGAAGUGUCAGAUAAAGCUGCUCUGGAGCUCUUCUCUUCUGGUCUGACUGAAUUAGAGCUGGGCACAGACGAGGUGUUUGUCAUCGCCUCUGCACCCACUUCGGCACAGCUGCCCUUCUCUCCACACACUCAACGCGAUCGUUUCCUGAGACACAGUGACACUGGACCCAGCCACCCCUUCGACUGGUCCACUCCCGAUCCAGCACUGCCGUCUGCAACAAAGAGCAACUUUACUGGAUCAACAAACAGCACACGACCACGAGCAUGGAGUGUCCGAACCUUCCGGGAUCUUCUUCCUCCUCUUCCUCAACUCCAUAAGAAAUGGUGCAGCUGGAACUCAACCAGCCCAUUCACCAAACUGGUGGACACUGGACUCUCGAGCACAGCUCCAGAAUCCAGAAGGGGAAAGACCCUCCCUGAUGCUUCUCUUUGUAGUCCCACCAACAGCUGCCACUCUGACUCCUUCAUGAGCAAUGCCUCAUACCCUCUAACUCAGCCUGGCCAGCGCCAGCGACGCCUCAACUCCACCAGCAACCUCCGCCGCACUCGCUUCAACACACCAUGCUUCGGCCUGCUCUCUGGCACCUCCGAGACCUCUAAACCACAAGCCAAUGGAAUCCCACCGACAAACAUGCUCCCCGACACCAGCGGCGCUCCAUCCAGCCAGCAGCAGCUCCCAGACGAAGCAUUAAACUCUGAAGAACCCCCAGUGUUCGCAAUCUCAGAAGAGGAGGACCGGCAGCCUCUGGUGUCGCCAGAACAUCCCGAGAAGCCCUUGAGGAUCAACGGACAGAUGUUUGAAGGCCCAAAAAUGCCACUGCUUUCAAAAAGCCACGCUCCCAGCAUCCAGCCCACAUCUUUAGUGAGCUUAUCAGAGGAUCCUUCAGCUCUCUCUUGCUCACAGUGACUCAAAAGGUUUGAGCGUGAAGGUCAUGUGACCGAUUCAGCCAAUAGAUGAUGGGGAAAUGCACAAAGUGAGUUCCUGGUGUUUUAGAUUGAACAAAACGCGUGACGAUGUAGCCUGGAAUUUCAAAGGGGUUUGUUUUGGAAUAUUGGCAUGAAUGAGAAACGAAAGCACUUCCUUUUCUUCGUGUUAUUGUAUCCGCACAGUUAACUUGCUAAGUAUAAAGUCUUCUAACAGUAUGUUUUAUAAGUACUCCUGUUUGUAUAUGAUACACUUUUAACUGCUCACUUAAUGUUUCCACUCACUACUGAGAGUUUAGAGUUGUAGACUCCCUGCAUUGUUGCGUUCAUUAUGAAAUUCCAUAUGUCGGCUCUAUGAAAAACAGCGCUUGUUCCUAAUCCGUUCACAACACGUAGAAGACCAAUUAGUGGAUCCGAAUAAAAGCUGCUUGGCAUCUCUUGACUUCCACACGUGUUUUGUUUCGUUUUUCACCAUGGGUCCAAUACAUAUGGUUUUAUCAGAAAAAAAAAAUAAAAAAAAAAUUGUAACUACUUUUAUUUCUCAUGGUACUUCAGUUCAUUUAGACUCUGUUCUACAAAUAAUUUCAAUAAAGUUACUGUUAUCACUUCCUCUGUGCCGUCUGUGGCGAUCAUUUAUGCUGCUAAAUAUGCACUGAUGCGAUACCUGAAAUGGUGUAUACCAUCAUAUUUUUAUAACGCGUUCAAUUCCAUACAUGCUGCAACUGUUUUCGUUAUACUGUCGACUGUACUGAUUUUGAUGGAUUUUAAAAGGGAACUGAUCACUGUACAGACAUUUCAAAUGCAGUAACUAACAUUUCAUGUAUAAAUAAACCAUUGUAUAGUAAAGGUGUGUGUGUGUGAGUUUGUACAAGCGCACAAAUGACCGAGUCAAAUAUAAUGUAGUCUUUUAUUAGUGCAGUAAAUUAGACAAUGAUUUAUUCCAAACAUGAAGCACAGCAAGCUUUUUUUCCCCACCAGUACAACAUUAACAGUGCUUUACUCUUAGCCUGAUGAACACUAAAUGUCUUUCUUCCCCAUUUGUAGCCGCAGAUUAAACUUGAUGAGGUAGAAUUAAACACCCCCUUAAAAAAAAAAUCUCAAGCAAGUAAAUAUUUGCUGUAAAUUCCAUUUCAGCAAAUGCAAAGCAGCCUCCAAAGCUUCUCACUCGAGUCCAUUCCCAAAUAAAUCCCUCAACCCUUCCUGCAGAUUUGAGUUGCUCAUAUGAGACCCGCUUUAUAGAGCUUAUAUCAUAAUAACGCCAUUCAGCUAACCUAAAAUCACCUUGCAGAUGUAUUCUAGAGCUUAAAAGGAGACUCUUGUUGGAUAUUUUAUAGCAAAAGGCAUUAAAAACAAACGUGCAUAUAAGUAAAUUAUAAUAAUUAAUAAAUCUGAUAAAAAUACUUUAUAAAAUAUGUGGAAUAAUAGUUUCUAAGCAUCAAAUCUACUGUGGCAUAACUUUACAUUUCUUUGCUUUUUUGAGCAAAAAACUAAACAUAAGCACAAUUUACAGAAGGCAGUAAAACACCAUACAGUGUGUUUAUUUUGUAACCAAAAACAAUCAAAAAAAACAUCUCGUCACCCCAUGUCCAACAACACACCGCGACAAGAUUCCAGCAACAAGCAAUUUGGCUGUCUGCCAGACACCACUUCCAACCAAAAGGUAAAGGCUUUUAAUCUAAUAACUACAUAUGAAUCCUCUUUAACAUUAUUAAUAGGCUACUGCGUGGCUGAUGUUGUGAGUUUGCGCUGUAUCACAGUUAUGACUUUCAUUUUCAAACCCUCUGCUAGUUAUUUUCAAGAUCUGAGGUAAACUUCAACUAGAGGUAAAUCUUUUGCUUUUAAUAGUAGGGUCUGACAGGAAAUGUCACAUGAAAUGAUAUUAAGGCCCAAUCCUAAUUCCACCCCUUAGCCCUUCCCUUUAUCCCUACUCCUUGUUUGGGCGGUCCCUUGAAGGGGUAGCGAUUCUCUUUAGCUUAAAGGCGUAGGGCUAAGGGAAAGGGGCUAGAUACCCAUUUGAACGGAGAUUUUUCAGGACCACACUCGAAACCAAGGGGUAAGAAAAUUUCCCAGAAUACACCAUCUCCAACGGCGAGAUCACUGCACCCGGAAGUAAUCCACAAAUUAAUAUUCUUUUGUCAUUAUUAUAAAUUUUUACAUCAAUCAAGCAUGUUUUUUUUUAUUUAUUCAUAACCGCCUAAAACUCACAUAGAGAGCACUUAACACUGAAUAAAGCGCAUAAUCUUUACAUGAGGUGAUCUUUGUCAUAGUUGUAGGCCUAUUUGCUGUUGUUCUGUCCAGACAGAUAUUUCGCACGCUGCAGAUGGCUAGGACAAAAAUGAUUUUUAACAUGGAAGGAUAGCUUUUAUCGGGUGUGGUGGAGAUGCGUCACGUGUUGUUAAGACAAGAUGUCAGGCACAGGUCAAAGUAAUUCAUUUGUUGACAUUAAAAUACUGCAGUUUCAAAAUACUGAUUAUUUAAAUCUUUACGUUUUGCCACUAUCCUUCAAAACAAGUUUAAUCCAUUUGUCAGCAAAAUGCUUCAAUCAUUUAUAUUUAGAAUGAUCACUUUAGAUAUUUUGUCGAGUACAGGUCAUAAUGAAUAUGUUGUUUAGUUUUGCAUAACCUGCUACACUAAGGUAUGAUGGAACGUAACCUUAUUUAUCCCUUUAACUGCCAGCUCUACCAAAUGGUUGAUUAUAUUUUGACUGUUUUAAACAAUGACUUUUAAAGAAUGACUGUUAUAAAGAAUGAUUUACACACACAGCAUUGUUGGUUUACAAGAAAAAAAAAAUCCAACAAACAUAAUCCUGUUGCACUACUACACUUGAAUAUGGUUUUAUUGUAAAAAAAAACAAAGAAACAAGAAAUCAUGAUAAAUGAGAACCUGAAAUAUUGUAUGGCAUACUUCAAAAAUAUAGAUGAUUUAGUUUUUUAAAAUAAAUGUUAUGCUAUAUAUCUUCUGAUUUUCACAGUAUAUGUAUUAAUGAUGGUACUUUUACCAUAAACCGACGUAUCAACUGUUUGGUAGAAGUUGUUAUUUUAGAAAUUAUGAGAUGUG